AUGAGUUCACUGCUUCGAAAACCGAACGGCUUGCAACGCGGAGUGCCCCUAUGCGGGACCUCGGGCGGCUGCGCUGCACCGGUUCGAGAACCGGUGGCACCCAAGGUGCAGGGCUUCACUUUAUUGGAAGUGUUGCUGGGGAUGGUGCUCUCGAUUGCUUUGUUGAGUGGGUUGUGGGCGUCGCUGAAUCUGUACACGAAGAUCUUCAGUUCGGGGCAUGUCGAGGUCGAGCAAUCGCAACUCGUCCGCGGGAUUCUUUCGAAGAUGAGUUUGGAACUUCGCGCCGCGGUUCCGCCGCCGAAGGGUGAAAGCACAAGCAGUUCGGCUAGUGCGGAAGAAGACCCGAUGGCCGCGUUGAGUUCGAGUUCGUACGAGACAACAGGUAUCAGUGGGCUUCGCGGCGAUGCACACUCCAUUGAGAUCGACAUGGUGCAACCACUGGUCGAGAUGCCGCGUUCGAUUGACUCAAUUGAAGCGACCACCAACGCGAUGAGCACCCCUCAGGUGCCGGAGCUGGUGAGCGUAUGGUAUUACCUGGCCGAGGAAGACUUGGUCACGCCGAUCACCGAUGGGGUUGGUUCGGCCGAAGCCGCCGGGCUGGUGCGUUACGCCCGCGCUUGGGCUGGUUACCCCGGGUCGGAAGACGACCUGGCCGCAGGUGAAAUUUCCUCCUCGCAGAUCCGUUCAAGCUUGCCCGAUAGCACGGUCGAGAGUGAAGCGGAUGCAUUGCCUCCUGGUUUUCUUUCGGGAGAAGAAGGAGAGAAUCUGCCGCAGUUGUUGGCUUCGGAAGUUGUGCAGAUCGAGUUCCGUUAUUACGACGGUGAGUUUUGGGCUUCACAGUGGGACAGCCGCAGCCAGGGUGGGUUACCGCUGGCGGUCGAGGUGGCCAUUGCCAUUCCCAAACCCGCGAUGGCCGGCAAUGCGAACGAACCUGGGGCGAGUUUGAAUUCCCCCACGGAAGACCCACUCGCCGCCGACAUGGGCACCGAACUUCGCGGCGUCUCGUUGUUUGAAUCGGAAGGCACCGCGCUGGCUUCGACGGCGGAUCAACUUCCCUGGACGGUAAGUCGCCUGUUGGUUGCAUUACCGUUGGGCGGGAAGCCUGCAGAGAGUUCAGCUUCAGAAGGUGAUGCCACCGAGAGCGGAAGCGAUACGGAGGCAGAUACCACGGAGACCGGCGAGUCGGCCGCCAGCAGCGGAACGACUGGCAGCGAAUCGAGCACCGGUGGCGUGACGAACGUUGGGGACGCCAUGAACUCGUACCCUCCGCAGAGGAAGCGUGGCCUGGUGCUCGUUCUCGUAUUGGUCGUGGUGGCCAUGCUGAGUCUGGCGGGCUACGCCUUCAACGAGUUAAUGUUCUCGGCCAACCGUGCCAGUCGGCUCGGAGGGCGACAGGCGCAGGCCACGUACCUGGUCGAGUCGGGUGUUGAGGUGUUGAAGAACGACCUGGCCAUCACAGGGCAGCGUCGCUUCGGAACCGACGACCCCGCGGUCGAGACCAGCUUGUACGGCGGAGUGUUGGUGACCGACGAAGAACGCUCGGGUUCGACGGGCCGCUUUAGUAUCGUGACGCCGUUGGUCAGCGAAGAAGCUCCCGAGGUGCGCUUCGGCGUGGCGAACGAAUCGGCCAAGCUCAAUCUGCCCGCGUUGGUGGCUUGGGACGAGAAGCAACCCGGGGUCGCCCGCCAUGCUUUGCUUAAGCUGCCGCAGAUGACUAACGAGAUUGCCGACUCGCUGCUCGACUGGAUCGAUGCAGACAACGACCCGCGCGAGUUCGGUAGUGAGGCCGACUACUACGCCGGGCUCGAUCCUCCGUAUCAACCACGCAACGGGCCGGUCGAAGCCAUCGAAGAACUGCUGUUGGUUCGCGAUGUUACCCGCGAGUUGUUGUUGGGCAGCGAUCAGAAUCACAACGGAGUGCUCGAGCCCAUCGAAGUGGCCGGCAGCGAGUCGGUCGUCGGGAUGAGUUCGAGUUCAAGCGACGCGACGGGUGGGCCUUCGAUGGCGCACCAAGGUUGGGUGGGGUGGCUCACGCUGAACAGUGCCGAGGCGAAUCUCGACCCCAACGGUGAACCGAAGCUCGAUUUGAACCACAGUGACUUGCGGGCACUGCAUGCGGGAUUACUGAAAAACUUCGAUCAGCAGGUGGCCGACUUCGUGGUGCUGUACCGGCAGUUCGGUACGACCACAUCUACAGAGUCGGUGAUGGGUACUCCGGGCACCAUCGAUUGGACCGUUGAUCCGACUCAUACAUUUACCACUCCACUCGAUGUGGCGGGCACCCGGGUGAGUGCCAUGUUCGCCGGCAAGGAAGAAGCCCAGGUGGUGACGAGCCCGAUGGGAGCCGAGAAGGCCGAGCUCGACCAGUGGCUUCCCAAGUGGCUCGACUUUGUCACGGUGAACCCGGCCCCCGUGAUUGCUGGCAGAAUCAAUAUCAACUUGGCCCCCGCCGAAGUGAUUGCAGGCAUUCCAGGGCUCGAGGAAGCCGACGUCGACGCGAUCGUCAGUCGCCGCGAUUCGGGGUCGGCGAGCACCAGCGAAUCGCGCAGACACCCCACGUGGCUCGUCUCCGAGGGGGUGUUUGACCUGGAGAAGAUGAAACCGCUGCUGGAGUACGUUACCUGCGGGGGCAACGUGCAUCGGGGGCAGGUUGUGGGACAUUUCGAUGACGGCGGGUAUCAAGCCCGUGUAGAAUUGGUGGUUGACGCAUCGGUGCGCCCCCCGCGCAUCGUGGAAUGGAGAGACCUGCGUCACCUGGGAAGAGCCUAUCCCGAGGGUCUGCUGAACGGGCCAUUGGGAGAGGGACCGCAAACCGCAAUGCGGUCGAAAAAGCGUAAGAGGCAAAACACGAUGCCAAAAUUGUUAGCCAUCGAGUGGGAACGUCGCCAGGCCCGAUACGUGGCCGCCAACGUCACGCGCGGGAAGGUCACAAUCACCUCGGCCGGGAAGGUGACCGUUUCGCCCACCGAUCAGGGGCAAACCGAUACACAAGAAGAGCUUACCGAGCCGUUGCGGUUGGCGCUCGACGGCAAGCGCCCGCAACGUGGGCGGGCCAUUGUCGGUGUGAGCCGUGCGGCGGUCGAUCUGCGUGAGCUGACGUUGCCGCCAUGCCCCGAUUCUGAACUGGCGCAGAUGGUGCAGCACCAGGCAUCGCGGCAGUUGACCUCGAUGGGCGAGGGCUCGCUGUUGGACUUUGUCCCGCUGAGCGAUGAAGAGGGCGAUUCGCGUUCGGUACUGGCCACGGCGAUCGUUCCCGACCAAGUGAAUCAGAUCAAUCGGCUGUGCGAGAAGGCGGGCGUGGUACCGCAGCGGCUGCUGGUGCGUUCGCUAGCCGCGGGUUCGUUGUUUAUUUCACAGCAUGCCGACGAUGAUAAGGUCAGCCUGAUUAUCGACGUGGAAUGCGACGAGGCCGACUUGACGGUGGUGAGCGGCCAAGAAGUUCGCGUCUCGCGUUGUAUGCGUCUUCCUUCGGACGACGACCCGGUGCCGCUGUUGGCCGAGAUUCGUCGCACGUUGGUUGCGGUGGCCAACCAAACGGGAUGCGGCGAGGUGCAGCAGAUCUACAUCUGCGGAACCAAUGCAGACCACGAAGACCUCGUCGCCCGACUGCGCGGGGUGCUCGAUGUGCCGGUCGAUACGUUCGACCCCUUCGAGGGUUUCAAUCUGGGGGGCGAUCUAAGCGAUGGGCCGCCCGAGCAUCGAGGACAAUACACGGCAUUGUUGGGGAUGAUCGCCGACGAGGCGAACGAUGCCAGUCAUGCGGUGGACUUCCUCCACCCGCGGCGUCCGCCGGUUCCGCCCGACCGUAGAAAUAUGUUCAUCGCCGGCGGUGUUGCUGCUGCCGCCGCGGCACUGUACCUGGGGUGGUUUGCCUGGAGUAGCUUCUCGGAACUGAACAAGGAGAUUGAUGAUCUCACGGCGCUGUCCAAAGAGCAGGCCAAGCUGCUGAAGGAAGUUCGCAACACCGAGGAGGCCGUGAAGGCGAUCGAGCAAUGGCAGCAGGGCGACGUCUCGUGGCUGGAGGAGUUGCGCGAGCUUUCGGCCGAGUUCCCUCCGGCCCGCGAUGCGAUGCUGGUGCGGCUCACGCUCAGCCGUGCCCCGGCGGGCGGCGGCACUAUUGAAAUGCAGGGCCAGGUUCGCGAUCCGGCGAUUAUCGAGCGGAUGGAAACCAGCCUGCGGGAUGAGUUCCACGAAGUGCGAAGUCGUCGGGUGCAAGAAAGCGAUCGCGAUCGCACGUUGGCCUGGCAGUUCGAAACGUCGAUGUCGGUGGUGCCCCGCGAGAAAGAAGAUUACAUCGCGGUCACCCGUGCCCCAGAACGCCCGGCGGCAGGCGAAUCGACAUCGCCCCAGCCAGCCCCCGAGGUUGAACACGAAUACGAGGUCUUCGGCACCGACACCAGGACUCAAACUUGGUGGAAAGGAGGCCGCACAAUGAAACCUCGCGAGAAAGUGCUGGCCGCUGUGGUGGGCGUUAUUCUGGUUGGUUGGGGCGGGCAGACGCUGUUCGAGUCGAUGCUCCAGGCGCCGCUGGAUGCCCGUCGGGCGAAGAUCCAGCGGUUGAAGAAGGACAUUAGCGACAAAGAUCAAGUCGUCGAACGCGCGAAGGAGUGGACGGCACAACUCAACACCUGGCGCGGACAAUCGUUGCCUUCGGAUAUUGCCUUGGCUCGUUCGGCUUAUCAGAACUGGCUGCUGGAGUUGGUCGAGGUGUCGAAGUUCGAACGCGCUCAUGUCGACUCGGGCGAGGCCGUCUCCAAGCCGGGGGUGUAUCAGAAGCUGCCGUUUUCACUUCGGGCCCGAGCAACGUUACCGAAGCUGACGCAAUUUCUUUACGACUUCUAUCAGGCCAACCACCUGCACUUGAUUCAACGCAUUGGCAUCACGCCGGUGGCGAACUCCGAUGAGUUGGAACUUUCGCUGGUGAUCGAAGCGUUGGUACUACCUAUGGCCGAACGUAAGGAGCAGCUCAGCCGCCAACAAUCGGAACGCUUGGCCGGCGAGUCACUCGAUUACUACGACCGGAUCAUCAAGCGAGAUUUGUUUGGUGCUGGCGGGGGGAUGUACGACAAGGCCGACUAUGCCUAUCUCACGGCAAUCCUCGACGUGGGUGAUAUCCCCGAGGUGUGGUUCACCAUUCGCACCAGCGGAGAGAUCAUCAAACUCCGCAACGGGCAGAACUUCGAGUUCGGAGAAUUCAACGGCGUGAUUGUCGAGAUCGAUACGCAAGACGUCGUAAUCGACUCGGGCAACGAACGCUGGUUGCUCACCCUGGGCGAAAACCUCAGCCAGGCAACUUCGAUCCCGCCGGAGUUUUAA